CCGCCGCCGCCGCCGCCGGGGAGCGCCGGGGUUUGCUCCACAGCCAGCUUGGACGGCCCCGCCGUGGCUCCGCCGUGGUGCGGCGGCGGCGGCAGCGGCUCCUGCUCCCCCGGCCAGGCGUGCCCCGCCGCGCCCAGCGCCAGCCCCACGGGCCCGGGGAGCGGGGCCGCGGCGGGGGCCGAGGCGGGAGCCGCGCCGCCGGGCUCCCGGGCUCCAACUCCGCCUCCCCCGCCGCCCGCCGCGCCGGGUCCUAAAGCCGCGCGCCUCAAGAGGAUGGUGCGCCUGGCGGCCGAGCUGCUGCUGCUCCUGGGGCUGCUCCUGCUCACGCUGCACAUCACCGUGCUGCGCGGCUCGGGAGCCGCCGACGCGCCCGACGCGGCCGCGGGCAACGCCACCCGGACCGCGGUGCAGAAUAACCUCAACAUAGAAAGUGACUCUAUAUCAGAAACCAGCUUUCCUCUCUCCAAGGAAGCGCUAGGGGAGCAUCAGGACCACCAGGCUUCCCACCAACCCUUUCCCAGACAGCGAUUCCGGCAAGAGGCUGGGCACCCUUCAUUGCAAAGAGAUGGUCCUAGAUCCUUUCUCCUUGAUCUACCAAAUUUUCCAGAUCUUUCCAAAGCGGAUAUCAAUGGGCAAAAUCCAAAUAUUCAGGUCACCAUAGAGGUUGUGGAUGGUCCUGAGUCUGAAGCAGAUAAAGAUCAGCAUCCGGAGAAUAAGCCCAGCUGGUCAGUCCCAUCCCCUGACUGGCGGGCCUGGUGGCAGAGGUCCUUGUCCUUGGCGAGGGCCAACAGCGGGGACCAGGACUACAAGUACGACAGUACCUCGGACGACAGCAACUUCCUCAACCCCCCCAGGGGGUGGGACCACCCGGCCCCAGGCCACCGGACUUUUGAAACCAAAGAGCAGCCAGAAUAUGUGAGAAUGAUGGAACUGGACAACUGGCAGGCUGCUCAACGAGGAGGACUUGGUGACGCUGUGGGUGAGGCUGGUGACUGUCUCCCUGGCUCCCUUCCAGAUUCCACAGAUGGCGAGGGUGACUGGAGUCUCUGGUCUGUCUGCAGCGUCACCUGUGGGAAUGGCAACCAGAAACGGACCAGGUCUUGUGGCUAUGCAUGUACCGCGACUGAAUCUAGGACGUGUGACCGUCCAAACUGCCCAGGAAUUGAAGACACCUUUAGGACAGCUGCCACUGAAGUGAGUCUGCUUGCGGGAAGUGAGGAGUUUAAUGCCACCAAACUGUUUGAAGUUGACACGGACAGCUGUGAGCGAUGGAUGAGCUGCAAAAGUGAGUUCCUAAAGAAGUACAUGCACAAGGUGAUCAACGACCUGCCCAGCUGCCCCUGCUCCUACCCCACCGAGGUGGCCUACAGCACCACCGACAUCUUCGACCGCAUCAAGCGCAAGGACUUCCGCUGGAAGGACGCCAGCGGGCCCAAGGAGAAGCUGGAGAUCUACAAGCCCACUGCCCGGUACUGCAUUCGCUCCAUGCUGUCCCUGGAGAGCACCACACUGGCUGCCCAGCACUGUUGCUAUGGCGACAACAUGCAGCUUAUCACCAGGGGCAAAGGGGCGGGGACGCCCAACCUCAUCAGCACCGAGUUCUCUGCCGAGCUCCACUACAAGGUGGACGUCCUACCCUGGAUUAUCUGCAAGGGCGAUUGGAGCAGGUACAACGAGGCCCGGCCCCCCAACAACGCACAGAAGUGCACUGAGAGCCCAUCGGACGAAGAUUACAUUAAGCAGUUCCAAGAGGCCAGGGAGUAUUAGAGAGACGCCCCUGCUGGUACUCGUGACUCAAACGCACUGCACUGAUUGUGGCGUGAGCGCUCAAGCCCCUCUUACCCGCAUCCGUGUGUGUCUGUGUACACCACGAGUAUUUUUCAUAAAUCACACUAGGGUGUGCGCCAGGCCCGGGGGACUGCCAUCGGAAGCCGCCCUUGCCACCUGCAAACCCACAGACCUCCUGGGGACUCCUCCUAGGGCUCCAGUGGCAGGAGGACGAGGACAAAGGAGCCAGAAGAAUCUGGAAGCCACAAUGGGUGCGACUCAGCUCAUGCCCAGACCGUGUUUCCUGGAGAAGCAGAGCAGGAAAGAGAUGAAGGUGUAACGUUAUGAGCAGGUUUUAUAUGUAACUUAUUUAACAUGAAUGUGACUUAAGUGUAACCUUUUCUCUGGAGUUGUGAAACUAAUCACUUCUGGGAGAGUUCAGACAGAGGCUUAGGGAGGUGGAAGAGAAAGGGGAUUUUGUAAUGAUUUCUUCAAGCAUAAGUAGCUCAAUGGAAGUAUAUCAAAACGAGAAAACACCCAUGUUAAACCAAAAAUCAUUUAGUAAUGGGGCACCUUGCUGAAGUCUCAGCUUCCAAAAUUCUCUUGCCUAAGACUAGGUAUACGGUGGGGGACAAAUGGGUACUUUAGGGAAAAUCUGAAGCCUGGCUUGAAAUAGCUUUAAAAUAAAAGGCCGAUAGUAGCAUAAUGCUAUAAUUCUACUAAAAGGCUUUGGAAUGGCAGGAUUUCUGCUCACAUCUUAGUAGGCUCAGAAGGCUGCAGGAAGGUUAUACAUAAGAAAAAGUAGUAGCACUUUUCCAAAGAAAAAAAAGCAUAAUAAAUGGUAAAAGAACAUGGACCUCAUUUCAUCCAUUUUAUCAUAAUACCAUCUUAACAAUUUUUUUCUCCACCAGUGUAUUCCCAGCAAAUAAAUAUAAAAAGAAGAGGGGGACUCAAGUCUAAGAAAUUCUAAUUUUUUUAUGUUUUAAGAAAGGAAAAAUACUACAUUAUUUUUGUAAAGUAUUUAUUGAGACAUUGAGUGUCGUGCAUCAAGCAAUUGUAAUGUGACCUGGUUCUGUAGUGUGGAACUUAGGACAAAUAUAAGAGUUGGUUCUUAUGCAAUCUUUACUUGCAAAACUCCAGGAAAAGAGAAUAUAUAAUAAAAUCAUAAUAAAAUGUG